GUAUUUAACUGCUAUGCUGAACUUAACAGAAAGCAACAAUCUAAGCAACACUUCUUUGUUGUCUAAUUUAAAACCUUUAAAUGAAAAGCCGUUGCUGGUGCAGGUUCUGGUGGGAAUACUUCUCUAUGUAAAUGGACUGAUGAUCUUCACUUUCCUGAAGAAAGAGGUCUUCUUGGAAGAAACACGUUACAUCUUAUUUGCUCAGACACUUUUUGUUGACUCUACUAAUAUGCUGUUAACUUGUUUAACUUUGACCGGAAGUGUUAAUCAAUAUCCAGUCCACAUUAUUCCAUGUUGUAUCUUCUGUACAGUUAUGUCUGUGCUCACUAUUUGUACUCCUGUGACUCUUGUAGCGAUGUGUUUGGAGCGCUAUGUGGCUAUAUGUAUGCCUUUAAGACACUCCAGCAUUUCAACACCCAAAAACACUUUAAUUGUACUUCUUGUGAUAUGGGCUGUCAGUUUUGUUUUACCACUGUUUGUACUUAUAGUGUUUCUUGUUUAUGCUUCACCUGUUGUCCUGCAAUCAUAUGUUGUCUGUAGCCUGGAGGUCCUGUUACGAGUAAACUGGCUGGCAGACACGAGGGCUGCAAGUCUACAGAUAAUAUUUAUCAUAAUGUUUUGUACUGUCAUCUCCACCUACAUUAAAAUUAUGACUGCAGCCCGAUCAGCCACAUCUGAAAACAAAAAGUCAUCUAAGAGUCUCAGAACUGUAAUUCUUCAUGGUAUUCAGCUGUUUCUAUGUAUGCUGCAGUUUAUAAUGCCUUAUAUAGAAACGCCUUUAUGGAAAGUAGAUGUAGUGCUGUUUUUUAAUGUAAAAUACUCAAAUUACAUUCUGUUUAUUAUCUCACCUCGUUGUCUGAGUCCAUUAAUUUAUGGAUUAAGAGACAAAAAGUUUUGUAAUGCUCUGAAACAUUACGCCUUUUGCGGCAUUGCCAUGGACUGUAAUCGGCAUAAAAAUAGGUUAGAUAAGACAACCCCUUUAGGGGUUUAGUUAAUAUUUUUGUAUACAAAUAGUCAUGCCAUGUAUUGUUUCAAUAAAAUACAUACUAUUCAUGUGUAACACUGAUUUCAUAUCAGAUCAUUAGCUGUAAGCACAAUAAACAUAAUUUUGUCUUGUAGUUAAUAUACAGUAGGCCUACAAUAUGCCUUGCAUUUAUAAAAAAAAGGCCUGUAUAAAAUAUUUUUAGUAAAAAUGUGUCAAUGUAACCUAAAAGUUAUGUAAUAAAAACAAGUAAAUGCUUCCUAGUCCUUGUGUUUAUGUAGUCUUAUUUUGAAGAUAUUAAUGGACUUUUAAUUUUUAUAUUUGGUUCUGUUGUUCCUGGCUUUACUGUUCCUCUUUAUACUGUGUCUUUAUAGCAACAGAUUAGCCAUCAUAACUUGUUUCUGGUGUAGUUCAGUCAUACACUGGCCGUUUUUAAAUCCGAAUGCUGCUGAGGUUGCAUUCUUAGGCUGUAUACAUUAUUAUUUCAGAAUAUUAACAAUUAUAAAGUUGACUAUUAUUCUUAGUUAAUCAUUAAUUGUUGUAAUAUGCUUAUGAAUUGGUAAUGUAAUGACUUAAAUAAAUCAGGCUUGAUGACAUCUGCAGCCUGCAUACAGUAUGCGACCUCCGUGGCUGCAGCUUUUGGACUGAGAAACGGUUAUUGUGUGGUUUUUGUGUAAUGUAAUGCUUGUGUAGCUGGGAAGGAGAGGGCAGCACUUAGACGUUUUUACACCAUAUAUUGUAGAAUUGAAACACUUUAUACCCAAAUGUCAAAAAAGUUACUCAAAUCAAUGAACAGCACUAAUAAAGCCCCAUUCUUACAGAUCAUUAACAAAAAAUUUUGGUUUAGGGUUUAGUUACUCUUUAAGGUACUAUAAUGUACCUUUAAAGUACUAAUAUGUACUUUUUUGUGCCAAUAUGUAUUUCUUAUACUAAUAUGAACUCUUUAGGUAUAAAGAUGUACUUUUUGACAGCUGGGGUACAUAUUUUGACAAUUAAAAAAAAUCAUAGUGUAUAUAAAGCUAUAUCAUA